AUGCUAUCUGCAUUCACAGCUCGGCCCAUUGUCGAGCUUAAGCAGCGCGACAAGAGCAAGAUCGAGUCCAUUCUUGCCUACGGCGAUCGUGUACUCGUAGGGCUGAACACAGGCUCUCUGCGAAUUUACCGUGUCAACGAGACGGACGAUGAAGAGGGGAGCGAACAGAAUGGCGACCGCGACGGCGAAGUAAAUGGCCACGACGCCGAAUCCCCGAACCGCACCGACGAUGCUGUCCCCCGAGUUAAGCCUGCGGACCUCCUGCGCGAGGAAGAGAAGUUCUCCAGGCGCCCCAUUCAGCAACUAGCCAUUAUCAAGGAGGCCAAUAUACUGGUGUCUCUGUCAGAUAACCAUGUCUCGAUCCACGACCUCCAGACGUAUGCGCUGCAGGAGAAGCUGGAGAAGACGAAGGGAGCGACCACCUUUGCUGUCACUAGCAAUAUCGUGAAGGAUCCUAGCACGGGAAUACCGUCUAUAGUGAGCAGGCUUGCUGUUGCCGCGAAGAGGAGGAUCAUAUUGUGGACAUGGCAAGAUAUGGAGCUCAAUGGGGAGGCUACAGAAAUCCUGUUGAUCGCUGCUGUCAAGAGCCUGACUUGGGCUACUGGUACGAAGCUUGUAGCUGGGAUGGAUCCUGGGUUUGUUAUGGUGGAUAUUGAAAGCCAGGAAGUGAAGGAUAUCGUCAAACCUAAUCCGCUGGGGGAAACUGGUGGCCAAGGGGGGACCAGAUUCGGGGCUGUGUCAUCCUCCGGCAUGGGAUACAUGGGAAUGGCGAGCUGGGUUCCGAAACCUCUAGCCACGCGCCUUGGAGAGGGAGAACUGCUCCUCGCAAAGGACGUGAACAGCCUCUUCAUCGAUACUGACGGGAAUGCGCUUCCCAAACGACAGGUCCCAUGGCCAUCCGCACCGGAAGCCAUUGCAUAUUCAUACCCAUACAUGCUCGCAUUGCAAGCACCCCAUAAAGGGGGUCUCGAGGUCCGGAAUCCUGACACCAUGAGCUUGUUACAGACGAUCGCACUUCCCAACGCAACCUUCAUGCACGUCCCGCAACCGAAUAUCAGCUUAGCACAUGCCGGAAAAGGCUUCCUAGUGGCCAGUGAUCGGUGCAUAUGGAGGAUGGGCGCCCACAACUACGAGUCACAGAUCGAUGAGCUGGUCAAGAAUGGACGGUAUGAUGAAGCACUCAGUCUUCUCGGCAUGCUGGAGGACACCCUGCUUCAGGACAAAGAGGGUAUGGUGCGCGAAACGAUGAUCCUCAAGGCUCAGAGUCUGUUCGAACAACGCAAAUAUCGCGAGGCCAUGGAUCUGUUUACUGAAGCCAAAGCUCCUCCGGAGCGAGUGAUCGCACUAUAUCCAAAGUCUAUAGCUGGCGAUCUGUCUUCUGUGGAGAGCGUCAAGGCUUCGGAAAGCGAGGCGGAUCUUGAGGAGUCAACCAGCGACGGGAAAGGCGAUGAGAGUAAGGAUUCGGUGCAUACACCCGCGUCUACAAUCGGCCGCUCCAUGAUGGGCAGACUGACUGGAGUCCACAAGAAGGUCGACGGGGACGCAUCCUCCAUUAGAUCAUCAAUUAAAGACGAUGGUUCUGAGAGUGGCGGAGCCAAGGGGAAAGCAACGGAGUCAACUCAACCGGAAAAACCGCUGGAAGGGAAAGAUUUGAAGCUUGCUGUGCAUGCAUUGCAAUCUUUCCUUGCACAAUGCCGAGUUCAAAUCAAGCGUUAUAUCAACAUCGAUGGCAACCUCAAAGAACCUCUCCCUCCUCCCAGCGAAAGUCAGCCAGAGGAAUAUAAGCCUCCUUUUCAUUACUUCAUACAGCGAAAGUCGCCCGCAGAGCCCAUCGACUGGGCCAGGAAACUGCUGGAUGUGGCGCAAUUGGUCGACACCACACUUUUCAGAGCUUACAUGCUUGCGAGUCCGAGCCUUGCGGGGCCCCUCUUCCGUCUUCCCAACUUCUGCGAGCCGGACGUAGUGAACGAGAAGCUAUAUGAGACAGGGAGAUAUGCCGAUCUCAUCGACUUCCUACACGGGAAGAAACUGCAUCGCCAUGCCCUGGAGCUUCUUGCGAAGUUCGGUAAAAACGAAGCCGACGAGGAAGUGACACCGGCUCUCCAAGGACCUCAGAGGACCGUCGGGUAUCUGCAGCAACUACCACCAGAGAUGAUCGAUCUCAUUCUUGAGUUUGCAGAAUGGCCCUUACGUACCGACCCUGCACUAGGUAUGGAAGUGUUCCUGGCGGAUACGGAAAAUGCAGAAACCCUGCCCAGGCAUCGAGUCCUCGACUUCCUCCAGAAGAUUGACCUGAAGCUGGCUGUCCAGUACUUGGAGCACAUCAUCGAGGAGCUCAAUGAUCUUACACCAGACUUUCAUCAGCGGCUCAUCGAUUUAUUCCUUGAACGUCUGAAAUCAGGUCACGAUGCGUUCGACUCUGACGAAGAGAGGGCCCAGUGGCAGGACCGACUUCAGCGCUUUCUCAAGAGCAGCGCUCAGUACAACAAAGUACGCGUAUUCAAGCAGUUGCCUGCAGAUGAACCGGACUAUUAUGAGGCACGUGCUAUCGUGUUGAGCAAAAUGGGCAAUCAUAAGCAAGCCUUACAAAUAUACGUCUUCCAGCUUAAGGACUAUCAGAAGGCUGAGGAAUACUGCAACCAAAUCUAUAUGAGCGCACAUCAACCAUCGUCUUCUACAAAGACCUCUCAUGGCGUAUCGCAGGUGCCACCUACCCAAGACCCCGAAGACGCCGAACCCUCCAUAUACCAUACCUUGCUUUCCCUUUAUCUGACUCCGCCACCUCCACAUCAACCCAACUGGCCACCAGCGCUAGAUCUUCUGAGCAAGCAUGGGGCUCGGCUUCCAGCUUCGACGACGCUGGAUCUUGUGCCCCCGACUCUACCAGUUAAGGAACUGGAGUCCUACUUCCGCGGCCGUAUACGUAGUGCCAACUCCGUCAUGAACGAGGAACGCAUCGUGGCGCGCCUGCGGGGCGUGGAGAAAGUGGCUGUCGAGACGGCGGUAUUGCUGGGCGAAGGCAGGGUAGACGCACGCGGGAAAAAGAUACCCGGUGGAUUAAACAGGAGAGUUGUCAUUGAUGAAGAGAGACAUUGCGCUGUUUGCCACAAGAGAUUUGGCGGUAGCGCUAUUCGAGUUUAUCCGGAUAACAGUGUGGUGCACUCUGGCUGUAUGAGAGGGAGUAUAGGGCGGAAGAACGCCAGCACGAGCACUUGGAGGUAG